UUAAAUUAUUAACAGCCUAGACAUUACGGUUGUGAUGUAAAAGCGAGUUUAUCACCUUCCUGCACUUUUCCGGAUUACUGUACCUUGGUCUGACCUCGGUAUAUCUUUUAAUAUUCUACAUUCUUGAUAUAUAUUUCACAAUAUGGAUUUCUCUAUUCGUGCUUCCACGCUGGAAGACUGCAAAGACAUCGCGCGGAUGAUCUUGGAACUGGCUGAAUACGAGAAAGUAUUGGACCAAGUGAAAGUUACACAGAAAGAGUUGGAGCAGGAUGGGUUCAUUAAAAACCCAUUCUUUCAUGGUAUCGUCGCAGAAGUACCCGAACAACACAGGACCAAAGAGGGCCAUGCCAAGGUGGGCUACGCACUUUACUUCUAUACCUACAGCUCGUGGAAAGGACGGGCCCUCUACAUGGAGGACCUGUAUGUGAUGCCUGAGUUCAGAGGUAAAGGUAUCGGGAAGGCACUGAUGAGCAAAGUAGCUCAGUUGGGCCUGGCCGCCGGCUGCACCCAGCUCAACUUCGCCGUGCUGGACUGGAACAAACCAUCUCUGGAUUUCUACCUCAGCCAGGGAUGUUUUGAUGUGACGGCAGACAUGGGGUACCACUGCAUGCGCUGUGAGGGGGCAGCACUGGAACAACUGGCCCAGGGGGACACCUAAACACACCCCACCCCCCACUAGGAUGACAUCUGACCUUUGCAAUACUGAGAUCAAUCUAGAACAUAUGCAGGGAUAAAGAACCAACUCAAAGGACAUGUUCCAAUACUUAAAAAAUGCUCCUUUCCUUUCCUUCUUCUUUUUCUUUCCUGAAGUGAAGUAGUCACUGAUUUAAUAUGAUUGAAUAGGUGAAAAUUAGGGAAUUCUUUGCAUAGUUCUCAUUAAUCUACUAAUAUCAGGUCAGUGAUUACCUUCAACGAAACGAGGAAGACAGGACGUAUUUUCGAAGUGUUGGAACGAUGCCAAUGCAAUGCAAAAAGGUUGUAGUUGAACUAACAGUUCACCGACUAUCGUAUAGUGGUUGACAUUAGUUGUGUGUACAGUAAUGUGUUGUUUACCUGUGACCCCAUAGCACCUUUCCCUGCCUUCUAAGCUAAGGUAAGAGACACCGAUUGAUAAUAUGUGAGAAAUCUGGUGAAACGGGAACCUAUAGAAUACUAUACAAUCACGUGUCUAAAACACAUUGAGAGCUUGGGACUCUAAGGUUCAUUUUUUGUCUAAAUUGAGUUAUUGAGAUAGCCAUGUUCUUUCUGUUCAAAGUACUCUUAAUUCCCCAAUUCAUGUUGUUAAGUUCAAAAGAAUACAAUAUAAAAAUGCCUGACACCAUUCAAACCAAAGGUUUUGGAAAUGUAAAGCCAAUUAUCUCAGAAUCAUCUUUUUGCAGAUAUAACCUUAUUGUCCCAAGCUUUCGACAGGUCAAUUGAUGAUUAUAAGUACUGUAAAAUUGUUGUUGUGAUGAAGCACAAUGUGAUUUUUGAAACGGAUUCCUGUUUCACCUUCAACAGGAUUGAAUGCCUGUUUAGGUUACUUGAUGGAUUCUGCAAGCUCAAAAUGUUACUUUAAGCAAAUACAACAAACCAAGGCUUGUCAUUUGCAAUAGUGAUUUAUGAACAUAUUUUUUAAUAGAUUUCUUUAAUGAAAAUAUGUUCUUCAUUUUCUAAAUCUCGAGAUUAAUAGAUGGUGUGCAAUAACACAAAAAAAGGGAAAUUAAAUAUGGUAUUAGUUUAUAGUUCUAUUUAUGGAAUUUUCCAUCAACAAUACAUUACAAUAUGUUAUUAAUAUUCCAUCAACCUAUAAACUAAGCAAAAACAAUCAAGCAAAGCAAUUACAUUAAAUACUGUGAUAAAGCUACAGUAGAUCAAAGACCAAUCUUACCAGCUAUUAUAUUAACGUACCAUAUAAGAUGAUAGUCUGGAUAUGUAUUAUAAACAGUGUUUAUGUCUAUUGUAAAUAAUAACUUCGAGACCUGUCAAGUGUAGAGUAAUGAUGAUGAUGUUGUGGACUGGGCUCCAAGCCAGACCCCACAGCCAUAGUAGCUCUAUGUAGAUGGUAUUAACCUCGCUGUGUGACACACACACAAACACACACGAAAGACUGAAUCAUUGAAACAUACAUGUAAAUGUUACAUUUUAGUGUCAGGUACAGUGAUAUAAGAUACAUGUAUGUAAAGUCUUUUUUUACGAUGUCUUCUCCACUCUCUCUCAAGUACACUUUAUGGACCACUGUUAAAUAUAUUGGUAGGUGUAUAAAGUCAGUCACAGACUUGUAACUCCUCGAUUGUGUUAUCACUUUGUGGUAUUUGUCCAGCGGCCAAAUAGUUUGUCAGAAGCAAAGACGUCAAUGUUGGUACAUUGGUACAUUUUUUUUUUACCUCCCUAGAGUUGGUGUUUUAAACAAAAGCCAAUUAACCCCACUUCUGUUGUCACUAAGUAAAACAGUCAACCUAUUACACUUUGAAAUCACUGUAAGAACCUUAUUUUUUGUGUAAUCACACUUCAUGUUGCAUUGAAGAUGACAUUAUAGACAUAGGAAUGUUACACACUGUUGAAUAAAGUGAUGUGCCAAUACA